GUAGUUUUUAAUGAAUUUCAGACGCGAUGGCGGAACCGUCGAUGACUGCUGCUGCUCAUUUAAACACAGCCGUUGAUUCAGUGAAUGGAGCGAUGUCUUAUUUACAGGAUGAGAAGACAGACUUUGAUGUGGUACCUCUAAAUCUGGGUGAUCUGGACAUCACAACAGAUGAGUUCAUUCUGGACGAGGUGGACAUUCACAUUCAAGCGAACCUUGAAGAUGAUCUAGUGAAGGAGGCACUCAAGACGGGUGUGGAUCUGCGGCAGUACUCGAAGCAGGUGGAGACGGAGCUGCAGCGCAUUGAACAGGUGUCAAUCAAGGACUAUAUUAAAGAGAGUCAGAAUAUUGCCUCUUUACAUAACCAGAUCACAGCCUGUGACUCGAUACUGGAGCGAAUGGAGGGCAUGUUGAGCAGUUUUCAGAGCGAUCUAUCGUCCAUCAGCAGCGAGAUACAGACUCUACAGCAGCAGUCUGUCAGUAUGAACAUGAGGCUGAAGAAUCGUCAGGCCGUGCGCAGUCAGCUUAGCCAACUGGUCGAUGAACUCGUCAUGCCCAGCACAAUGAUCUCUGUGAUUCUGGACAGUCCUGUCACAGAGCAGGAAUUUCUCGAGCAGCUUCAUGAGCUCAAUAACAAGAUCAACUUUGCUAAAGAGUUGAGCUUCAGAGAAACCCUUGCCUGCUCCGAUAUACAGGACAUCGUAGACCGUCUCAAAAUUAAAGCCGUCUCAAAGAUUCGUGAGUUCAUCCUACAGAAGAUCUACUCAUUCAGAAAGCCCAUGACCAACUACCAGAUCCCCCAGAACACAUUACUCAAAUAUAGGUUCUUCUAUCAGUUCCUUCUGGCCAACGAGAGGACAGUUGCUAAGGAGAUCCGUGAUGAGUAUGUGGACACCAUGAGCAAAAUCUACUUCAGUUACUUCAAGUCCUACAGUAGCAGACUGCUGAAAGUGCAGUAUGAAGAUGUAGCAGAUAAAGAUGAUCUGAUGGGGGAGGAAGACACAGCCAAAAAAGGUUUUUUCACCAAGCCGUCUCUGAAGAGCAGGAACACUAUUUUCACUCUUGGUCAGAGGGGGGCCGUAUUGAGUCCUGCUGAGUUGGAGGGGCCCAUCCUCAUUCCGCAUGCCGCUCAGAGAGGAGAUUGCAGAUACCCGUAUGAAACACUCUUCCGCAGUCAACACUACGCUCUGCUGGAUAAUGGCUGUCGUGAAUUCCUUUUCCUGUCGGAUUUCUUCAUGGUGGCUGGAAACUCAGCAUUGGAUCUGUUUAACUCCAUCAUGGGAAAAACCCUCAGCAUGUUCCUGAAGAAUCUGUCGACGUAUCUAUCGGACUGUUAUGACAGUAUAGCUGUGUUUCUGUGCAUUCACAUCAUUCUGCGCUUCAGAGCCAUCACAGUCAAGAGGAAUAUACCCGCUCUGGACAAGUACUGGGAGACUGUGCUGGAGUUGUUUUGGCCCAGAUUUGAGCUCAUUCUGGAGAUGAACAUCCAGAGCAUUCGAAACACUGACCCUCAGAAACUGGGUGUGCUGGACACCAGACCACACUACAUCACACGGCGAUACGCUGAAUUCUCCUCAGCUAUUGUCAGUAUAAAUCAAACAUUUCCAAAUGAGAAGACCCACACACUGCUCGGACAGCUCCAGAUCGAGGUGGAGAAUUUUGUUCUAAAGAUGGCGGCUGAGUUUCCCUCCAGACGAGAUCAGCUUAUCUUCCUCAUCAACAACUAUGACAUGAUGCUCAACGUUCUCAUGGAGAGAGCAGCUGAUGACAGUAAAGAGGUUGAGGGCUUCCAGCAGCUUCUAUUGGCAAGAACACAGGAGUUUAUCGAGGAGAUCCUGUCGCCUCCCUUUGGUGGUAUGAUUGCAUUUGUGAAGGAGAGCGAGGCACUAAUAGAGAAAGGGCAACUUGACAAACUUAAAAAUGACGAAGCUCGUAUAACUCAGUUAGUGCGAGGUUUCUCCAGCACAUGGAAGCAGUCUGUGGAGGCCUUGAGUCAGGACGUCAUGCGUUCAUUCACCAACUUUAAAAACGGAACCAGCAUUAUUCAGGGAGCACUUACGCAGCUCAUCCAGUACUAUCAUGGUUUCCAUAAGGUCCUCUCCCAGCCCACGUUCCGCAGUCUAGCGGUGCGCUCUGAACUCAUCAACCUUCACCAUCUGAUGGUGGAAGUCAAGAAACACAAACCAAACUUCUGAGCUCACACUCAGUGAAUCAGUAGUCAUUAAUAGAGUUUGACAGAACACAUCUGAUGUAGUUUGUGUUGAAUUGAUACCACUGAACUCCUCAAAGCUCAAUUCCAGAAGAUUUUUAUCAAGUUAUCUGGCAUACAAUAUAAUGAACAUGAAUCUGCACAUUUGGUCUGUCUUUUGUGUUUUAAGUAGACUGAUUAUGGGCUUCAAUGUAUUCAUUCUCAUUUCUCCAGUUAUAUCAUUUGUAAAGGUGUCACUUAUGGAUUUGAUGCAAUCAUUCAUAUUUUGACUUUUUUUCUCGUUUGAUCUGAAAAUCAUGGUUGCAUUCUGGGUAGAAGUGACCGAUUAAUUGACUAGAUGAUUAUAAAUACGGUGAAUCCGACAAUGGUAACAGAUCCAAGAGUGUUUUUUGUCUUUUCUGAUGUCUCAGAAUGUUUUCUGUUUGAAUUACCUCUGUAUAUAACAAAUGAAAGCAUUCCAUAUAUUCAAAUAAAAGUCUGCCGUCUAAAGACUCUAGAAGUGUU